AUGUGCGUUCACCUGUUUGGUGCUUCUUCCUCACCAGGCUGUGCCAACUUUGGCCUGAAACAAGUUGCAAAAGAUAAUGAAGAUGACUUUGGUAAGGAUGUAGCAGACUUCUUGCGGUAUAACUUCUAUGUUGACGAUGGUCUGAAGUCUAUGCCUUCUGUGGUAGAUGCAGUGAGAUUGAUAGAGCGGAAUCAAGCUAUGUGUAAACAAGGUGGUCUAAGGUUACACAAAUUUGCAAGUACCUCUAAGGAGGUCCUUAGUCACAUUUCUUCUCAAGAUAGAGCUAAUGGCCUAACAAACAUUGACAUAUUCAACCAGGAUUUACCUGUUGAAAGGGCCCUUGGAGUUCAGUGGUGUAUUGAGUCUGAUAGUUUUCAGUUUAGGAUAGUCCUAUCUGAUAAACCAUUGACCAGGAGAGGCAUUCUUUCCACUGUUAGUUCAAUUUAUGACCCACUUGGUUUCAUUUCCCCAAUUACCUUGGUUGGCAAAAAGAUUUUGCAAACGAUGUGUGGAGAAAAUAUUGGUUGGGUCGAUCCUGUACCUGACACCCUUGGUAUUCAAUGGGAAAGCUGGAGGCGAAGUUUACAGGAGUUGCAUUCCCUACACACAAGGCGAUGUUUGAAGCCAAUCAACUUUGGAGAGCCUACUGUUGUUUAG